AUGAGUGCAAAAUAUCUUCCGCGUAUCUACAUUAAUCAAGCGGCUUCCUCGUUUACAUUCUCUGGCAAUCCAGAUCCUGCCACGAGCAAGUUCCAUGAACAACUUCCAGGUUAUGUCCAGACACCGGUCAUUAGUCUGGAUACCAUUGCCAAAGAGGUGAAUGUUGGUCAUGUAUUGCUGAAAGACGAGAGUUGUCGCCUGGGCCUCCCAGCUUUCAAGAUCCUUGGCGCUUCUUGGGCAGCGUACCGUGCUGUGACAGAUGCGCUCAACCUUUCGACACAUAUUUCUCUGGAAGAGCUUGCUGGUGCCUCUAAAGGAAAGGGGCUGGCUCUAUAUGCUGCAACAGAUGGAAAUCAUGGUCGCGCUGUCGCUAGGAUGGGCAAGCUGUUGGACAUCCCGGCCUUUAUCUAUGUACCAAAGACGGUUCCUCUUCCCACCAGGGAAUUUAUCCUUGGAGAAGGAGCAACGCUUGCGAUUGUUGCUGGCGACUAUGAUCUAGCAGUUGAGAAGGUGUAUAACGAUGCGAAAAAGCCAGGAGGUAUACUUAUCCAAGACACGUCUUUCCCAGGAUAUGAAGACAUACCAAAGUGGAUUGUCGAUGGAUAUACUACUAUGCUCCUCGAGCUUGACACCCAAUGUGUCUCCCUUUUCGGCCGAACACCCGACGUGGUCGUGUCACCUGUCGGAGUGGGCUGCUUUGCGCACGCUGUGGCGCAACACUACAUGUCCACCUCGCACCCCCAAGCGCGAAUCCUCACCGUCGAGCCUGAUACGGCCGCAUGUCUGAAAGCGAGUCUCUUGGCCGGAGAGAUGAAGACCAUCCCAACAAGUCGAACGAUCAUGGAUGGAUUAUAUUGUGGAACGGUGUCAAGCCUUGCAUGGCCAUUAUUGAAAGGAGGCGUGGAUGUGAGCACCAGUGUAUCAGAUUGGGAGGCCCAUCAUGCCGUACAGGAUCUGCUGAAGUACGGAGUCGAGGCGGGUCCGUGUGGGGCUUCGACCCUUGCCGGCCUGCGGAAUGUUGCUGCUCUGGCACCACAAGCACUCGGUCUUGGCCCCAAUACCAUCGUCGCACUACUCUGUACGGAGGGUGCCAGAACAUACCCAACACCAUUGGACGUGACGAUUGACGAUCCUGUCACACUCACUCAGCAGCUCGUACGAAUCGAUAGCUCCAACCCUGAUCUAUCUAAGGCUGGCGGAGCGGGCGAGGUCCAGAUCGCGGAAUACGUGGCUGCCUGGCUGGCCCAUCGCGAGUUCGACGUACAUAUUCUGGAGGCGACAGUUGGCCGGCCCUCGGUCGUAGGCGUUGCCAAAGGCGCCGGUGGAGGCAAGAGCCUUAUGUUCAACGGUCAUAUUGACACCGUAACAAACGCGGGUUACAAGGGCGACCCACUGAGCGGAAAUAUCAUCGAUGGCUCUGUACACGGUCGAGGAUCCUUCGACAUGAAAGGGGGGGUGGCAGCGUCCAUGAUAGCUGCUGCACGGGGGAAGAUUUCCGGAUUGAAGGGAGACAUUAUUGUCGCCGCUGUGGCAGACGAAGAGAAUCUCUCCCUCGGCACAGAAGAGCUACUUGACGCGGGCUGGCGAGCGGAUGCCGCGAUCAUCAGUGAACCUUCUUACCUGCAAGUCACAUUGUCGCAUCGAGGGUUUGCAUGGUUCGAAGUCACGAUUCAUGGAAAGGCGGCGCACGGAUCCCGGCCUGAAUUGGGUAUCGACGCUAUUGUCAAGGCAGGUUACUUCCUCGUAGAACUCGACAAGCUCGGGAGCCGUUUAGCUCAGGACAAGGGCCAUGCACUGCUUGGAAACGGUACGGUACAUGCCGGACUGGUUAAGGGUGGCGAGGAGCCUAGUUCCUACCCCGCACAGUGCACGAUCACGGUGGAGCGCAGAACGGUUCCUGGCGAAACAGACGAGGUUGUCGAAGCACAGCUGUGUGGCAUUCUGGACAACCUUGUCGCUAUGGUGCCGAACUUCGCCUUCUCGAUCAAACGAAUCACCUCUCGUGCACCCUUCCAAGCGGACACGGCACUUCCAUUUACUCAGUUGGUGCUGAAGCACGUUAAGGAUGUUUUGAAGAGAGAACCAGUGUGGCGCGCUGAACCGUUCUGGACCGAUGCUGCGCUCUUGGCCGAUGCAGGCAUUCCUUCUGUAUUAUUUGGUGUUGAUGGGAACGGGGCACAUGCGGCCACGGAGUGGGCGACGGUGGAGAGCAUUGGGCAGGUUACAGAAGCGCUCACGCGUGUUGCCUGUGAAUGGUGUGCUUGA